CAUGCACAUCGGUGAUAAACCUUCCUCUUGCCUCCACUCCGGCUCCUUUGCCAUAGCUAUUUGACUCUCUGUGUACCAUGGUAUCUUCCCCUGCAUCUACGGGUCGCCGCCGACAUUCCUUUUCACUCGGUGUGCCCCCACUUCCUUCUCGUGACUCCGCUGCGCAACCGACAAAGGUAUCGGGGUCGGAAGCAGCGCCGAAGAUGCCUGCUUCUUUGCCGGUGUCUCUUCGAACUCGAAGCUUAUCGAACGCGAGUCUACCCUUGGACUGUGCGGAUGCCAACAAGAAUCGUAUGGGAGAUUCUAAGCCACCUCUCAAACCCGCUCCUUCGUCCGUACAAAACCGGUCCAUGGAACGUCAAAACAGCUUACCUUCGUUUGCUUCCACAAUCCUAGAGCCUAGAGACACGCCCAAAGAAGAGGAAAGCAAUGGAAAUUUUCUCAACGAACGUGAGCUGCAUGACAAGCAUUUUUUGCACGGAAUUCAACUUGAUAGAGUUAACGUCUUUUCCAUUCCCGACCCUCCCUCACCGGUGGAUCAUGGAGUGAAUCGCCGCCGACAAUCUUCGGCUCUGAUUAGACCACUAAGGGAUGUCGGUAACGACUCGGAGAAUGGCUCGUCUCCGUCUCGAGGGCCAAUAGCUGCUACGAAGACGACGAAACGAUCUCGAAACAGUCUUUGCCACGUUCCAUCUCCGGCUCUUCCUCCCUCACCCCCAGAAGUCGCUCCCGGUACUGGGGAUACACCAUCACCAACAUCAGAUCCCACUGACGAAACGGUGUCUAAAAUCGACGUUUAUUUGGAUACAUCAGUUUCGGUUGUGAAACGCCGCAAAAAACGCUACAGCAUGGUGCUUCCGAGCGAUGCGGCAGCACAAGAGGAUACAACUUCUGCCUACUUUCAAACGUUUUUGCCCGCUCCCGAGCCUACCGACACUCCGGCCUUCAAGAAACUGGUCGUAGAUUCUACGUAUUCUUCCAGCAAUUUCACCCCUAGUAACAAGCCGGUGAAGGACGAGCUUGCUAUUCUACGCAACUAUGUGCGGUCGUACACGAAUUUACCUCAAGAAGACCGUGAGCAAUCUGUUGAAGCUCGUCGAAUUGAGGAAUUGUUUGGGUAUAUUCUUUCCCCGCCACUCCCAGAUAGUAUCGAUCCAGCCUCCAUCCCCACGAAUACCCAAGGCUCCAAAAUGGAAGUUCUGAUGCAGCUAGGACCCGAACUCAAGCGAAUUGAUGAAGUCAAAUUGAAUGAAAUUCAGACAGUGCAAAACAUCACCGAAUGCAGUGUGGAAAAAGCUCACGGCAAGUACCGCUAUAUUCAUGAUCCUACGUCCCGCCGUGUGUCAGCGCAAGAAUACGAACAGCGUUACAUGCUGAUGCUAACGGAAAUAAAUAGGAUCAGGUCUCAGGACUGGAAGGAAUAUUUUGACCAGAUCGAGUCGAGUUCCUUCGGAACACUGAUUCGGUCUCCCAUGACCGGGGACCGCUCGCACGAAUUGACAGCCAUGAAGAAUCUAGCUUCCGUUAUGGACAGUGCAAUAAAAGCUAACGAGAACGCAGAAGAAAACGAAUGCGACGAUUUGGAUGAGAAUGAGGGAAUGGAUCUUGAAGAAACCAGUGAAGAGCUCCUUACCAAAAUGGAUCAAGCCGUCUCUAUGGAAAAUGAGAGAUUUGGGACCGCUCCGGUAGAGAAAGAGAUCGAAAUACAGCAAACCCACACCAGUCCUAACAACGAUUGCGAAACAAGUUUUCAGGCUCUGACUCCCGUGGUCCAGAAUGGUCAAGUGUUGCUUCCUUUGCCGUCGCGAGACGAUGUCUCAUCCGAUCCAGAAGAAGCAGCUGCGGAAGAGCGCUUGUGGCUAGCAUUCGAUGCAGCUCUAGAAAAGUAUUCGGCCGAGAUCCUAGCCAUUCGAGCCCGACAUGGGAAAUUGUCUUGA